UGGAAAAAAAGUUAUUGAAAUGUCAAAAACAAAUUUUCAUUCGCUUUUCACGUCGAUUUGUUUGUGUAUUUUUCGAAAAUUCCUUAAUCUUUAAGUAGAAAAGCUGUUCCAAACGAUUAUAAUUCCGUUUAUAUUCACAAAAGUUCAUUCUUCAAAACCGCGUGUGUUCGUAAAACUCUAUUUUCGGCAAACAUUGUACCGCGUAUGGUGAUCCCCAAAAACGCUAUUAAAUAAUUUGUUCCUCGAUAGAAUAUUAAGGGGAAACACGAUUAAAAUGGAUAGAUACGAUGAGUACGAGUCCAGCCGCCACGACAGGAGGUAUUACCCCACUCAAGUUGAGCUCCCAAAAGUUGGAUACUCUCCUAACCAUAGAACCUACCAGUCUUCUUCAAAUCCAGCUUCUAGAUCGUCAUCUUCAUCCACAUACGACGGAGCGAGUCGUAGAUACUCCCAAGAAUACGAAGAAAGCUCCGGCUACGUCGCCGUGGACCCAAAGACCUUGGAUUUCGACAAGCUCGUCGAGUUACUCAACCCAAAAUUCCAAUCUGAAUACCUGAACCGAAUACUGGCAUUCCUGAACAGUAAGAAUAGAGAGAUUUGCUUCCCGAAUAUCGCCCCUUAUAAAGAGUCGUUUUUGAUGAAGCUCGUGACUGACAAAGAGAAUCUUCGCAACAGGGGCUUCAACGAUAUUUGCAAAUGUAUCUGUCGUGAGAUUUUAAGAGUGUUGGAAAGUAAUAAGAAUGCAUACAAAUUGGUGCACUCGUAUGAAAGUGGUAUUGUUACAAAACGUGUGCUGGUGUACCAGAAAGUUUAUUAUAACUCAAGACAAGAUGGCAGUGAGCGGGAUAUUUUCAAAAUGCCUCAAUCCUCAGACAACAAGUCUCGUCAGAGCAUCGCGUCUGCCACAUCAUUCAGCACGGAGUACAGUUCCACGGACGGUGACCGCAGACGCAGCACAAGUAAAGAGCGAAGCAGACUGAUACACAAGAGUCUUGUACAAAUCUGUAGGAAUAUACCUAACAACUUCUUAUACUUCAUCAAAAAUGAGAAAAACUACCUCACGUGA